UUUAUUUAUACAAGCACUGGGUACAGUCAGAAGCGUGGGAGGGUGAGAGAAUUCACCAGAGCCAGAGCGGGGAGCAGAGCAGGCAGAAGGACCUAAGUACCGGCGCUGCAGAGGCUGCGGGCAGCUUCGCAACCCAGCGCUCAACCGCUGUGCGACCUGGGAGGCCCACCUAUUCUGUUUUCUGAUGAGGUUCUGUAAUGCUUUCAGGUCCGUGACAUUCCAUGAGACUGUCAAAAUGGGACAUUCUUUCUGAAGGAACUGCUGCCAGACAAUUCCUCGUGGGACUUCUGCAUGUCCCCCUUCAUGCAAAUUUUUACUUAGAGGGUUCCAUCUUAUUCUGGAUGAUUUAAAGCUCUGCUGAUCAAAAUUGGGUUGAAUUUGAAAUUCCUAAAUUAGUUGGCCGACAGGGGAAAUUAAAGAAAAAAGGAUACAAAAUGAAAUAAAUUGAACAGGAAGCCCAUUGUAACGUGUGUCUGGAAGUUUCCAAGUGCAGCGCUGAGAAAAUCGCCUCCCUCCAGAUUUACUAUUUAUUCAUAGAAGAACUGGGGUAUAGGCCAGAGGUGCAGGAGUUGAGCGGAUUCACCAGAGGCAGAGUGGGGAGCAUAUGAAAUACACUGCUGAGGGGAGCAGCUCACAAGAGAGACGAGCAUGUGGAUCAGCUCCCUGGCCAGGGAUGAAAUUCAGGCCCUGGUGGUGACCGGCAUUCCGUGGAACUUCUUGUCCACUCUUUGAUGACACCCACAACUGUCUGUCUGAUGUCAUGAAUGGCAAAACGGCCCAGAGAAGUCUAUUGAUCUAUGUGCGUAGCUUUUCAUUGCCUCGAAAUGUUAAGGCGGGGAGUCCAGUUCCAAGAGUUCUUUGCGCGGCCCUUGCUGAUUAUCGGAAGCUUCCUGCCCCACGUACUUAUAUGGGCAGUGGGCACCAUCACGUGCUGAACCCCAUCCUCCCUCAGACCUCACUCACCUCUCCACCGUCCUCUGGAAUAAUCCUCGAUGACAGCGCUGGCAGGUCCAUGGUUCAUAGUGGAUAUUUCAGAGAAAAGCCUAGGCUGCGAUGGGUUCUUUGAUGGAGCAAUUCAAGAAGUACAAGGUUGUGCCUGUGGCGUUGUUCAUCCUGCUUUGGAUGGUGUAUUUCAUCAUAUCCUGGCCUGAUAGCAGCAGCUUUCGGUACCCAGCACCCUACCCUGCCUCUAAACCUCCCUCCACCUCUGUGGAAUUUGCCCCCCUCCUAUACUCUCUCCCCCCGGAACUCACGAACCUGACUCAUCUUUUGUACUGGCCUCCAACUCCUGGAGAUCAGGUGGACUUUUUGGCUUCCACUAGCCCCCUGACCUCCACCUAUCACCUGAGGGGUCCUGCCCAGGCCAGCUAUACCCUGGGAAAGUCCCUGGAGGCCAUCCUGGUGGCCAGAGACCACAAGGGCAGACCCAAGAUCCAUGGCGGAGAUCUGUUUCGGGCACAACUUCUGGGUCCGGACUUGAAGGCAGGGGUUGCUGGGGACAUUCAGGAUCUGGAGAAUGGCACCUACCUGCUGUCCUUCCCCCUGCUCUGGGCUGGGAAGGCCCAGGUGCAAGUGCGGCUGAUCCACUCCAGCGAGGCAGUUGCGGUUCUGCGAAGAAUCUGGAGAGAGAAAAAGGCCACAGUUGAUUUCAAAGGAUAUUUCCGGGGACCCACAGGAGCUGAAGAGACUGUGAUUUGCAAUGUUGAUCCCCAGUCAACUGAAGCAAAAGGGCGUACGUGCCAGUACAGAGAUGCGGAUUCUGGUGAGCUCUGGUUCUGUGCUCAACCCCCUACCUUGCCCUGCGAGUCUCUAGUUGGUCACUCAAGUGGGCGUUACCUGAAGGUGACUACGCAACACGACGAUGCCCUGUUGGCAUGGAAUGUGACAGACAAGGUGCUCCCUCAGGGUAUUUCCCCAAUCCAGAUCAGAAUAGCAGCCACAAGGAACAACAGCCUAGCUCUGUCCCCACCACACCCUUGUUGCCCUGGGCUCCCGGACCCAAAGCCCUCUGGCUUCUACCACCAAGAUGUGUGGCACUCACUGACCUGCUCCAGCCGCUCCUUCUCCACAAGCGACAGCAUCCUGGGUUGUCUGGCUGGCCGUGUGGUCCACAUGAUGGGGGACUCCACUCUUCGGCAGUGGUGGGAGUACCUGCAUGACACUGUGCCCUCCCUGAAGCCAGUGGACCUGCACGUCACCUAUCAGACAGGGCCCCUGAUGGCCGUGGAGCCCACGCGCAACAUAGUGCUGCACUGGCGCGCACACGGCUGGCCCCUGCGCUCCCUCCGCACGCCCGUGGCCUCCCUGCACUCCGUGGUCCGGGAGCUGGGGGGCCUGGCCGGGGGUCCCCACACCGUGGUGGUGCUGGGCCUGGGCGCCCACUUCACCACCUUCCCUCCAACCAUCUUUGCGCGACGACUGGCCGGGAUCCGGGCGGCCGUGGCCGCCCUGCUGGCCCGGGAGCCCCUCACGCUCGUGGUCAUCAAGCUGGCCAACACCGGCUACAAGUCUGUGUACGGCAGUGACUGGUUCACGCUGCAGCUGAACCGCCUCCUCCGAGCUGCCUUUGCUGACCUGCGAGUGGCCUUUGUGGACGCCUGGGAAAUGACCUCCAGUCUGGCCCUGCCCGACGACAUCCACCCAGGGAGACUCAUUGUCAGCAACGAGGUGAACUUCCUGCUCUCCUUCCUCUGCCCCGCUGAGCGCCCCUGCGGGUCCUGAGGCUGCUGCAUGGAAGGUGGCAGGAAUUGUGUAGAGGAGCGCAGCACAAACGGCACUGUGAACAACAGUGAUUCACAGGAGAGUAUUAUCCCAGGACUUACCACCUAUUUUACGGGAACUGAGAGGAGAAAGCAAACACUGUGCAAAAAUAAACAAUGAGGGGCCUCCCGGGUGGCGCAUGGGCUUGAGCAUGUCGCUGUGAGGCUGUCCGAGGAACUUAUCCUACUGCUCAGCCAGGUGGUGGUGGGGCGGGAGGCAUCUCAUCAGGCAUUUUUGAGCAUGGUAUAAGGGUGUAGUUUCUGGAAACUUAUCAUUCAGGCCUGCUUCUCCCAUCUCUUAGCAAUUGUUUGGAAUCCUUUUAUUAAUACCUCUUUCCCUUUAAUCAACCAGAAUUAGCUUCUGUUUCUUGAAAGUAAAAACUGUGAUUAAGCUGCCCCUGGUAAGUGGUAAUUACAGUUUCAUAUGGUAAGUACUAUAAUAGAGGUGAGCUUUGUGACUAUACCAGAAAGGCAAUCUUUGGGAGUUGGGGAUGAAUUCCAUGAAGGGCUAUACCUGAGCUGAGUUCUCAAAGAGGAUUGUGGAUUAGACAAGCAUAGAGCAUUCUAGGGCACUCUAAGCUGAGAAACAGGGAUGUCCAGGGAUGAUAUAAAUCUCAAGGAAAUCUUUAGUUGGCUGAAAGAGAUAGACUUGCUGUCCCUGUCUGCUUCUUACGGGAUUUCCUGUUUGUGUCCUGUUCUUCCAAGAUUCCGCAGCCUUCUGCACACUGGUAGCAUCUGUUCCUGUAAAAGGAACAUUGAGAUGCAACUUCCAAGCCAGUGGAUUGAACAGUACAGUCCUAACCCCCAAAGAGUAGUAACUUCCUCUUCCUACUCACCGGAAAGCCUUUUCUACUGAUGUCCAGAGACAAAGCAUUGUGCUGGGAAGAGGGCCCUGUGUGUGUCUUUCUAGAGAAAGACUGGACUUGAACUCCAUGCCUGUGCAGCUGAGUGAAAUAUUCUUGAAAAUAGAGUGCUUUUCUUGUGACUCUAAGUGCUUUGUGUCAAUCUCAGCCUAUUGAUAAUAAGCCUAUGAAUUAGAAAUGUUCAUAACUAACUAUGGGUGAUGCCCAUAGCUAACUCAAUGGUAAAAGGUGGAGUUUUCUGGAUUCCCCCCGACCUCAACUCCCUGAAUGGGGACUGCUGAGAACUAAGGGUGGAGUGGAGCAGCCAGAUAGAUGGGUCUUAGCAAGACUGAACACAGGCAAUGUUUCUCUUACAUUCUUCCCAAGAACAGAAGCUGAAUUCAGUUUGAGGUUUUUCCAGUACUUGCAAAACCACCUAAGUCCCUCCCCAGACUUCUGAAUUUUAUUUUCACAGGAUCCUUCCUCUAAGUUCGUAACUUUUCAUCAUUCUAUCUGAUAAAAACAUUUUAUUGUUCAAAUAGUUAAUACUAUUUAAUAAGCUAUGAUCGAAGUAACUUAGUUCAGUUAUAAAAUGGAGUCACCAAUGUCAAAGUAUAAACCCACUUAGGGGCAGUAAGUCAGCACCCAAAUGGACUAUUAGAACCUCCUCAGAACAACCAGAAACAUUGACCCAGAAAGCUUCUUUAAAAAAAGUAUCAAAAUGGCAGCUGGACACCAUUCAAACCCCAACACAUCUCUACACAAAUCCAUUCCUUGAAGCGCUGUCCCUCAAUCCAGGGGCAGGCCGGGAAGCAGUCUGCUGCUCUGACUGCUCCCUAGAUACCGGAAUGCUGGCCUGUCUGGGAUCCCUUGGCCAACAAAAGGAAACAGAGUUUGAGGAAGAGGAAAGUAAUUUAACUUGUUAACAAAUUGAGGCGGGAAGCAGUCUCGUGUUAGAAAGGCCACUGUCCUGCUCUAUGGUAGAGGGCAGGGGUGUUUAUCCAGAGUAACAAGGGAGCAGAGGGGACGUGGGCAAGGUUCAGCAUGUCCAUCUUGUAUUCUGAUUGAUGCCAGCUUGCCUUCGUCAGGAUCUGGUGGUCAGAGAUUCUGAUGUUGCCUUUAUAGUGAGGCUCUUUGCCCUUGGAAUGUGAAAAGUCAGGGCCUCCCUGGUGGUGCAAGUUGUUAAGUCUCAGCACUAAGAAGCUACCGGCAGCCAUUUUGGUACUAGUUUGAUACCCCUUCAGGGAGCUGACCUACAUGAAACGACAGGCCUCUCCUGUCUCACCCGCUGCUCCCCUCAGCAGUGUAUUUCAGUCAGUCUGCCUGUUCUGUUCUCUACUCUGUCUCUGGUGAAUCCUGUCUUACACCCCCCCCCCCACCUCUGACCUACACUCCAGUUCUUAUAUGCAUAAAUAAAUAAAUCUUAAAAAAAAAAAGACAGGGUUUGCUAAACCUAGAGGGAAAAAGAAAGAAAAUGGAAAGCUUAUCUGGUGAGACAGAGGAAGACAUUACUUUGUUGACUGCUGCAGGGGUGAGGCCCACAGUCCCAACAUAACAAACUCCUGAAAAUACUGCAGCCCCGACUGGACCAGCACUCUCAUCUGCCUGGACUUUUGUUCAUUAACAGUUAAUUUUGACAGUGUCUGAGAAUGUUAGCCUUGCAGUGGCAUUAAGUGUGACUGUUCACGGAUAGAGCUCCUUGUGUGAAAUCCCCAGCUCACUCUGAUGGUCAGGUUGGUGAAUUUUCAUUGGUCAUGUGUCACCUCCCAUUUGUUUGUUAGUUGCAGAAACUGCAGUUAGAUUGACAUCGUGGAAAGACACACUCAUGUGUAGAACAUUAGUGCUGCCCAGGAUGAUAACAUCUUCACUUGCUCCCACUGGCUCCCUUAGGCCAGGUUGGUAGCUGCUUCCUGCACUUGCUACCUGCAUGCCAUAUACCAGGGACCUGCCUAGUCAAGCAGAAUCUGAGGGAGGACGGUAGGAGAUUAAGGAAAGACAGGAAUCAGACAGGUUAGUGAA